UGCCGGCUUCAUAUUGCAUUUCUCGUAUCAUGGUUUCAUUUCACUUAACCUUACUUUUUGAAUAAUGCAUGUACGGUUUAACGGGGAAGCAUUUUAUAUAUUCGCGACGCCUAAAUAGUAAAAUAUGAUGUAUAUUUGAAAAAUAAUAUAUAUUUUAUUAGGUAAAUAUAAGCAAGAAGACAUCUGCCACAUUGUAUUUAUCGUUUGCUAUAUUUUAAUCACAAGUAAUUAUUGUCGAUAAAUAAGUACCUUCGUUAAUUUAAGUAUAUAAGUUGCAUUAUGGCAGCAGGCCCGAUAGCAGAGCGUAAUCAAGACGCUACGAUCUAUGUGGGAGGACUAGAUGACAAAGUUACAGAAUCAUUGAUGUGGGAAUUAUUUGUCCAAUCUGGUCCAGUAGUGAAUGUACAUAUGCCAAAGGAUAGAGUAACACAAAUGCAUCAGGGUUAUGGAUUUGUUGAGUUUAUGGGAGAAGAAGAUGCGGAUUAUGCUAUAAAAAUUAUGAACAUGAUAAAACUGUACGGUAAACCAAUCAGAGUCAAUAAAGCAAGUGCCCAUCAGAAGAAUCUUGACGUUGGGGCCAACAUCUUCAUUGGUAAUCUAGAUCCUGAGGUAGAUGAGAAGUUAUUGUACGAUACAUUCAGUGCAUUUGGUGUUAUCCUUCAGACUCCAAAAAUAAUGAGAGAUCCGGAGACUGGAAAUUCAAAAGGAUUUGCAUUCAUUAAUUUUGCUUCUUUCGAUGCAUCCGAUGCAAGUAUAGAAGCAAUGAAUGGGCAGUAUCUUUGCAACAGACCGAUAUCCGUGUCGUAUGCAUUUAAACGUGACGCGAAAGGUGAGAGACAUGGAAGUGCUGCAGAAAGACUUUUGGCAGCACAAAAUCCUCUGAGUCAAGCGGACAGGCCGCAUCAAUUAUUCGCCGAUGCUCCACCUUUGGCACCACCACCGAUGCCAAAUUCGACCGCGGUGGCUCAUCAAGCGGCUCAUCAUCCUCAACAUCACGUAAUGCAUCAUGGAAUGGUGGUACCUCCACCGCCGCCACCUGCUACACCAGGUCCACCUAUGGGACAUCCUCCACCGCCACCCGUGCCACCACCACCUUCCAGUGGAUUUCCACCUGCAAGCAUACCACCCCCGCCGUUGCCUCCAAUGUCAAUGGCUGCACAUCCGCCUUUACCACCUGGAAUGCCACCACCUCUGCCGCCUAUGCCAGUACCGACUUCUCAAGCUCAGCAAGCACAAACGAGAAUGAUGGCACCACCGCCACCUCAUUGGGCCGGUGGAGCGCCACCGCAGGGUCAAUUCCCACCUCCUCCACCUCCGGCAUCAAGCGGCGGACCACCGCCGCAAUUUGGACAGUUCCAGCCUUCACCACCUCGACCUCCACCAGGCUGGAGACAUCCACCGCCACCUCCAGUUUCACAAGGUGGCCCUCCACCACCGCCCCCACCCCAAUUUAGGCCACCGUUCCCUCCACGGGGUCCACCACCGCCGCCGCCACCUCACGAUGCUGCCCAAUAUUAAUGUUAUGUAUUUCUAGUUCAAGGUACAACAUGUAUACUCAUGGAAAAACAUACUACGUACAUACUACAAUCGAGCCUUAACUAAUUAUUAUGAAACAGCCGACAGUCGAAGAGAAUUAUUUUAUACGGUAAUAAUAGAAUAAAUUUUUUUUAAAUUA